AUGAAGACCGUUGCACCUUUUGCCAUUGCCGCCUUGUGCGGUGGUAUGGCCGUUGCCUCUCCUCUCGACAAGCGCGAUUAUGUGACCGAGAUCGAUUUGUACACGGUGACCGUCACAGUCACUGGAUACCCACCCAUUGAUACCCCUGCUGUCUCCUCGGGUAGCAACUGGGGCAGCUGGGGCGCAUGGCAUGGCGCGAGCAGCGAGGACUGGAGUAGCGAGUCGCCUGCUCCUACCUCUGCGGCUCCUGCUGAUACACCUGCCCCUUCUCCACCUCCAUCUGAAGCUCCAGCUACAACAUCCGAUUCUUGGGCAGCCCCAGAAGCCUCAUCGACUCCUACUCAAGCAGCGCCCUCACCCGUCUCGACCUCGGUGUCUUCCGACUAUCAGCAAGGAAUUCUCGAUUCGCACAACAUGCAUCGGGACAACGCAUCUGUACCACAUCUGAGCUGGAGUGAUGAGAUGGCUUCUAUCGCUGCUCAAAUCGCCGCCAGCUGUGUGUAUGCUCAUGACACUUCCACUGGUGGCGGUGGGUAUGGCCAGAACAUUGGUGCUGGUGCCCCUCCAUCCGACAUCCCCGCCAUGAUCACCAAUGAGAUGUAUAAUGGAGAGAUCAACUUCUACCCAUCAUACGGCGGGGAGCCGGAUAUGAGCAACUUCGAAAAAUGGGGCCAUUACUCACAGAUCGUGUGGAAAUCAACCACCUCUGUUGGCUGCGCAACUCAAUAUUGCCCCAAUGGCCUGGCCAACACCGGUGGCAAUGUUAGCCCUUAUUUCACCGUCUGCAAUUACAGCCCACCAGGAAAUUUCGGUGGCGAGUAUGGUGCGAACGUUUUGCAACCCGGCGGCCUGCCAACCGUCACCUUAUAA